GAGGCCAGGAGUAAAAACAUUAGUCCUCGUUCCUCUUCGUAGUUGGGAGACUUUUCUUGUCGCUUUUCAGGAUUUUCUUUGGGGACACGCAGCUCAGCCGCAGGACGCACGAAGCCAGGACGCACGAGCGGUAUGAUGGAUAGAUAGCAGGAGGAGGAAGAGGAAGAGAAGAUGUCGUUCUUUGGCGUUGACUGUGUCAGAAAGAAAGAGAGAGAGCUGGACAGGAAACUACGUGCCAACGACCGCGAGUACAACCUCUCCUUCAAAUAUGCAACUAACGCCAUCAAGACCUCCAAAUACAACCCCUUCACCUUUCUACCUCUCAACCUCUUUGAGCAGUUUCAGAGAAUCGCCAACGCCUACUUCCUGUUUCUGCUGGUGCUCCAGGUGAUUCCUCAGAUCUCCUCACUGUCCUGGUUCACCACAGUCGUGCCUCUGGUGCUCGUGCUGGCAGUCACUGCUGCCAAGGAUGCCACUGACGAUAUCAAUCGCCACCGGAGCGACAAUCAAGUCAACAACAGAAAAGUUCAAGUCCUUAUUGAUAGAAAACUGCGGAGCGAGAAAUGGAUGGACGUCCAAGUGGGAGACAUCAUCAAGCUGGAAAACAACCAGUUUGUCACUGCCGACCUCCUGUUGCUCUCCAGCAGUGAACCACUCAACCUGGUGUAUAUCGAGACAGCAGAACUGGAUGGAGAGACAAACCUGAAGGUGAGACAGUCCCUGACCGUGACAGGAGACCUCGGAGAGGAUAUUGAAAAACUGGCAGACUUCAACGGUGAGGUAUGCUGUGAACCGCCCAACAACCGCCUCGACCGCUUCACAGGAACACUAACCUACGGCGGUCAGAAAUAUUCUCUGGACAACGAGAAGAUCCUGCUGCGAGGCUGCACGCUGAGGAACACUGACUGGUGCUUUGGGCUGGUGCUGUUUGGAGGUCCAGAGACGAAGCUGAUGCAGAAUUGUGGGAAGAGCACGUUCAAGAGGACCAGCGUAGACCGACUGAUGAAUGUGCUGGUCCUUUGUAUUUUUGGUUUCCUGGCAUUCAUGUGCACCAUCCUGGCGAUAGGAAACUGCUUCUGGGAGCUGAACGAAGGUUCACAGUUCACAGUUUUCCUUCCCAGACAAGAUGGCAACAAUGCUGCCUUCUCCGCCUUCCUCACAUUCUGGUCCUACGUCAUCAUCCUCAACACUGUGGUGCCCAUCUCGCUUUAUGUUAGUGUGGAGAUUAUUCGUCUGGGGAACAGCUUCUACAUCGACUGGGACAGGAAGAUGUACUACACACGUAACAACACCCCCGCCGAGGCUCGCACCACCACGCUGAACGAGGAGCUCGGCCAGAUCAAGUACGUCUUCAGUGACAAAACAGGGACGCUCACACAGAAUAUCAUGACCUUCAACAAGUGCUCCAUUAACAGCAAAUCUUACGGAGAUGUGUAUGACUACACGGGUCAAAGACUUGAAAUUACUGAGCAUACGGAGACGGUGGACUUCUCCUUCAACCCGCUGGCUGACCCGCGCUUCAUGUUCCACGACCACUCCCUGGUGGAGGCGGUGAAGCUGGAGAACCCAGAGGUCCACGCCUUCUUCAGACUGCUGGCCCUCUGCCACACCGUCAUGGCCGAGGAGAAGAAAGAAGGUGAACUUUUCUACCAGGCCCAGUCUCCAGAUGAGGGAGCGCUGGUUACAGCAGCCAGAAACUUUGGAUUUGUCUUCCGCUCACGUACACCAGACAGCGUCUCCAUCGUGGAAAUGGGACAGCAGCGCAGCUAUGAACUCCUGGCCAUCCUGGACUUCAACAAUGUCCGCAAGAGGAUGUCCGUCAUAGUUCGGAGUCCAGAGGGGAAACUCUCUCUCCUCUGUAAAGGUGCAGACACAAUUAUCUACGAGAGGCUGCAUCAGUCCUGCAGCAAGCUGAUGGACGUCACUACAGAGCACCUUAAUGAGUUUGCAGGGGAGGGGCUGCGGACUCUGGCGCUGGCCUACAAGGAUCUGGAUGAGGAUUAUUUCAAUCAGUGGAAACAGCGCCAUCAUGAAGCCAGCACUGCACUGGAUGACCGAGAGAGCAAACUGGACGAGCUGUACGAGGAGAUAGAGAAGGAUCUGCUGCUGCUCGGAGCAACAGCCAUAGAGGAUAAGUUACAAGACGGAGUACCGCAGACUAUCGAGCAGCUGUCCAAAGCCGACAUCAAAAUCUGGGUUUUGACUGGUGACAAGCAAGAAACUGCAGAAAACAUUGGGUAUUCGUGCAAUUUACUGCGGGAGGAGAUGAACGAGGUCUUCAUCGUCUCCGGGAACUCACCUGAAGAUGUCAGACAGGAACUGAGACAUGCACGGACCUCCAUGAAACCGGCGGAGGAUUCGGUGUUUCUGCCAGAGACGACUUUGGGUAAAGGUGCGAAAGUGAUCACAGACGAGGUGGUGAAUGGAGAGUACGGCCUGGUCGUCAAUGGACACAGCCUGGCGUACGCGCUGGAGCGCAGCAUGGAGCUGGAGUUCCUGAGGACGGCGUGCAUGUGUAAAGCUGUGAUCUGCUGCAGGGUCACUCCUCUGCAGAAGGCUCAGGUGGUUGAGUUGGUGAAGAAGUACAAGCGGGCGGUCACACUUGCCAUAGGAGACGGAGCCAACGAUGUGAGCAUGAUCAAAGCGGCUCAUAUAGGCGUGGGCAUCUCGGGUCAGGAGGGCAUGCAGGCCGUGCUGUCCAGCGACUACUCCUUUGCCCAGUUCCGCUUCCUGCAGCGCCUCCUGCUGGUGCACGGCCGCUGGUCCUACCUGCGCAUGUGCAAAUUCCUGCGCUACUUCUUCUACAAGAACUUCACCUUCACCUUUGUCCACUUCUGGUACGCCUUCUUCUGCGGCUUCUCUGCACAGACGGUGUAUGAUGAGUGGUUCAUAACACUCUACAAUCUGGUGUACACAGCACUACCUGUACUGGGGAUGAGUCUGUUUGAUCAGGACGUUAAUGACGUGUGGAGUUUCCAGCAUCCUCAGCUCUACGUUCCCGGUCAACUCAACCUGUACUUCAGCAAGAGGGCCUUCUUCAAAUGUGCCCUCCACAGCUGCUACAGCUCCUUGGUGCUCUUCUUCAUCCCCUACGCAGCCAUGCACGACACGGUGAGGGACGACGGGAAGGACGUCGCUGACUACCAGUCCUUCGCCCUCCUUACUCAGACGUGUCUGCUGUUUGCCGUCACCAUACAGUUGGGGCUGGAGAUGUCUUACUGGACAGCGGUGAACACUUUCUUCGUGUUGGGCAGCCUGGCCAUGUACUUCGCUGUCACGUUCACCAUGUACAGUAACGGCAUGUUUCUCAUGUUGCCGUCGGCCUUCCCUUUCAUAGGAACGGCCCGAAACUCUCUGAACCAACCGAACAUUUGGCUGACGAUCCUCCUCACCUCCAUCCUGUGUGUCCUUCCUGUGGUCACCUACCGCUUCCUGUUAAUUCAGCUCUGCCCCACCAUCAAUGACAAGGUGAUGUUCAAAGUGAGACAGGCCAAAGCCACUCCUCCCCCUCCGCCUCGACGCACCCGCAUCCGCCGCACCAGCUCCCGCCGCUCAGGCUACGCCUUCUCACACGCGCAGGGCUACGGGGACCUUGUGACAUCGGGUCGCUUCCUGAGGCGUCCUGCUGUGUCGAGGUCUUCGGGUUUCGCUCACACAGGUCGCACCACCACAGGCUUCAGCCCUAUGGGGCGAUCGGCGGGAUACAGCCCGACAGGACGCCCUCAGAACACCAAGGUCCCCGAUGUGGAGGUGACGUCGCUUCAGAUGUACAGAACAAUCACGGAUGCUGCACUCUGACGGUCAGCUGACUAACUUCAAGAUGUGAGUCUGGGAGAAGGACGAAUGCCGCAUGGACAGCGGUGUGCCGCUUAAAGUUCCCAUUUGAAAAACUCGCUCGGGCUCUCCAGAGAACUUCACAUCACAGAGGACGAGGUUUUAAAAAGUACCCGACUUUUGCUCCGGGCAUUUUAGUCUCCAACUGUUUUAUCAAAGGGAACUACAGCAAAAUAUGUCGCUGAUUUGAUGGAUUCCUCUCCGCGGAUCAUGAGCGCUCAUGUAAAACAUGCGUCAUGCAGAGCAAAUAGAUGAAGUCUUUCUGACACUAGAAA